AUGCUCUUCGGCACUGUGCAUCCCCAGCACAGCGGCUCGGGCGAUUCAAACGCCUCUUCUUCAGCUUCGGCCGAACACUCCCCGCAGAACACACCUCCCUCCGAUGAAGUAAUCAACCUAGCCGCCACUGUCGACCACCGCCUUCUUAUCGACGACCUCACCCGCGACAUCGAGAACCUCAUCCGCUCCCUCAAGAAUCCAGCUGAUCGCAACUUUCUCACUGUCGGACUAGCCGUCGAAGAGGCUAAGCGGGAAGCGGAGGCUGCUUACACUAUCACCAUCGACACCUUUAAGCGGGAGAGCGAGGAGCGGCACGCUGCUCAGCUGAACAAGUUAAUCGAGAAGGCAAAGCGGGAGGAGGAGUUGGCGGCCGAAGAGGUCAAGCGCCACACUAGCACCGUCGUUGAGGACACCAAGCGCCAAGCAGCUGCUGCCAUCGAGGAGGUCAAGCGCAAGACAGCCAGUAAGAUCGAGAAUGAGCAGCGCAGCAGUGCGGCUGCGGUGGAGAAGGCGAAGCGGGACACUGCUGCAGCGGCGGCGGAGGCUGCAUCUUUGCUUGCAGCUCAGGUGGAGGAGGAGAAGGAGGUUGCCUCACACAUUGCAGAAAUCGACCGCGCUGUAGCCGUGGCGGAUGCGGUGGAGGCAGUGAUGGCCGAGGCUGCGGAAGAGAAGGAGGCCGCUCUGAGAAAAGCCGCGGAGGAGGCGGAGGCCGCUCGGUACGAGGCCGUUGAGGACGCCAAGUCUGAAAUGGAGGAACACUGGUCGGAUAAAAUGGCCCAAGCUCUCGCAAAGGCCGAAGAGGAUUUGAACAGCGCUCUCCGUGCCGCUGAGGACGCAAAGGCCGACGCGCUGACGCAGGCGGCUGAUAAAGCAACGCAGGAGAAGGAGGCGGCUGUCAAGGCCGCCAUUGCAGCUGCUAGCCAUGCUGGGGUGCAGUGUGUCGUCUGCAUGGACGCAGGGGCGUGCCAGAUGCCCUUCCGCUGUCGCCACGUCCUCAUGUGCCAUGUUGAUCGAUGCAGCGCUCAUCGUGUGUACGCUAGCACUCAUACACAGGGCCAGUCAAACUCAGCUGCACCCAUUAGAGUGCAGAUUGCUUGCGUUCGCACUCAGUGUGUGAUGUACCUACAUGGUUAUGACUUAAAACCGCACACUGCCUCUACUGCUCACCCCACCCUCCAUCCCACCCGCUUCUUCAGGUUUACCAUGCUUUACUCAGAGUUCCACACACGCCUGGAGGAUAACCUGUCCCACUUCGGCCUCACCACUGUCGACAUUUUCAGGACACCCCCUCCUCCGACUGCAGCCGUCUUAGAGGCCAUCAGCGCCGCCCUCCACCCCCAGCCUCUCACUCUCCCGCGCGGCCAGCGCUUUAUGGACGGACUCAGUCCCGCCCUGCUUCUCUAUGCGGCAACCCACUUGUCUGCCUUGCAAGCGGAGAACGACAUGAACUUGACUUUGCUGGCGAGGGUCGAGCAGGAGCGCCUGCGUGUUACUGAGUUCAUCCAGGAACGCCCCGCCGCCCAUACCUUUGAGACACACACCGAGAUACAAAUUGAGCGGGCUCAGGAAGAGGUGCGCAAGGUUAAGGCCGAGAAGAAAGAGAAGGUGCGGAAGCUCAAGCGAGAGAAGAAGGAGCAGGAACAGAUCUUCCUAGAGCAGCUGGAGUUGGCCGAGGAGCGUAGAUAUCGAAGCGGCAUUGCGAAGAGCAGCUGCACCGAGCAGAGGAGCAUCAAAGCCAGUGCAUCGGCUGUGUCGAUAAGAUUGUCAGCCAAAUGCCGUUCGUGUGCCAGCACGUCUACUUGUGCGAAGGUGAGCUAA